AUGCUGCGAAGGGCGCUUACUCGAACGCCGGUUCUAAGCCAAAGAUUGAGAAAUACGUAUAUCCCGCAAGCAGAGAACCAUGAAGCCAGAAGUAAAGUUGCGCAGGCAGAAAUAAAUCAAAUGAAAAGCGAAAAUCAAAUGCUGCGUGACCACGCUGACCCGGGCGUCCAGCAAGAAAUUGAUCUUCAGGACCAAUUAGACCUUCGCAUGAGAACGGCCCCGAGACAUCCAGACGACGAUCCAGAUCUGGAGCCACAUGAGCAGGACGCUUCUUAUGGAAGGACUACUGCCACUAUUUCGUCUCUAAGUGAAAGAUAUAGAGGCAUGGUCACAAUCACAAACAUCGACGAAAACUCCACACUUGUAAAUGCUGCAGGAGGACACAUUUAUACCGUCAAAGGAGAUCUAAUGUGCAUGCGAGAUCUCGUUUUAUCCUGGCGACCUCCGGAAAAUGUCCAAGAUUGGCGAUUUGAGCAUUUUAUUCCCGCAACAAUGGUCUUUCCAAGUGUUUUCCUUGUCGUUGUCGGCACUGGUGACAAUUUUGAACGACUGCCGACAGAGUUAACCGACGAAUUUAAACGAAGAGGCAUCCCCGUUGAAGUUUCAAACUCUCUAAAUGCCUGUUCACUCUAUAAUUUACUCUGCGCGGAGCGAGAAGGCGAAGGCAUCAUUCUUUUUCAAAGCGUUUAUCGCAGCCUCGUUAUGUUUUCGAUCCGCACGAUGCUCACAGACUUCAAAAUACAGCAUCUGCGCAUGAGCAUUUGA